ACCAACAGUGAAACAUGGCACCUGUCUAGCACUGCAAGGAUUGAAUCGCGUUUGACAGAAAAAGACCAGAGAAUACAUCACGUUUACUGCUUAGUGUUUUCAACUAUACAAUGCAGAAAAUCAAGUCUUUGAUGGCCCGUCAGGGUCUGAAGAGUCCCCAGGAGAGUGUGGUUGACAUGAGCCCUGUGGAGAGCUUCAGGACCCCCAGCAAGGAGGAACUGAGGGAACUGAGAGAACAACCCACGGAUCCACAGGCGGAACAGGAAAUCAUUGAUAGCAUAGAGGAAGUGUACUUCUCCAGUGACUCCUUUGACACGGUGCAAUACGAGCUUGAGAAACUCCCACCGGAUUUGAACCUUCUGGAGCUUGAGGAGUACAGAGAUAAGCUGAAGAGACAACAAGCAGCCGUAUCUAAAAGAGUGGCAGACCUCAUUUUGGAGAAACAGCCUUCAUAUGUGAAGGAGCUCGAGAGAGUGACAUCUCUGCAGACCAACUUGCAGCUGGCUGCAGUCAUCUGCACUAAUGCUCGAAGGCAGCUUCGUUCUGCUAAAGAAGGCUUCACUGAAGCCAGUCUUGGGCUGUUAGCCAAUCAGAGACGACGACAGCUGUUGACAGGAUUGUUGAAGUCUUUGAGGACCAUAAAGCCUCUGCAAAGAACUGAUGUUCGACUGAGUGAAAUGCUGGAGGAAGAGGACUAUUCAGGCGCCAUCCAGCUGUGUUUAGAAUGCCAGAAGGCUGCCAGCACUUUCAAACACUACAACUGUAUAAGUGAAUUGAAUUCCAAACUGCAAGACACUCUGGAGCAAAUCGAGGAACAGCUAGAUGUGGCACUGUCCAAAACCUGCAAACACUUUGAUGUUUCUCACUACACCAAAGUUCAGCUGGCAUAUAAGCUGCUGGGGAAGACACAGACGGCCAUGGAUCAGCUGCACAUGCACUUCACCCAGGCCAUCCACAACACUGUCUUCCAGGUGGUGCUGGGAUACGUAGAGCUGUGCGCCGGCAAUGCCGACACCAAGUUCCAGAAGAUGCCGUACAAGGACCUUUGCACGCACAUUACCACAGACAGCUACAUCCCCUGCUUGACCGAUCUCUGCAAGGCCUUGUGGGAGGUGAUGCUCAGUUACCACCUAACCAUGCAGUGGCACGAUGAGCACUACAAAGAAGAAGAGACGACUCCUGGAGCAGAUGAUACCAGCGCAGAGGGCUCAGACGAAUCCACUGUGGGCCGCAGCUAUGUGAAGAAGAAGCUGGAACAUGGCUUAACGCGGAUCUGGCAGGACGUCCAAUUGAAAGUGAAAGCUUAUUUGCUGGGAACAGACGUGUCCAACUUCAAGUACGACGACUUCAUUGUGGUUCUGGAUGUUAUCAGCAGGUUGAUGCAAGUGGGAGAGGAAUUCUGCGGCAGCAAGUCUGAGUUGUUGCAGGAGUCCAUUAAGAGACAGAGUGUAAACUACUUUAAGAACUAUCACCGAACUCGCCUGGAGGAGUUGCGAAUGUUUCUUGAAAAUGAAACAUGGGAGCUGUGCCCUGUGAAGUCCAAUUUCAGUAUUGCCCAGCUUCACGAGUUUAGGUUCAUGGGUCAGUGUCGUUCCCCUUCAGUAUCUCCCAGCAGGCAGCCGGAAUCCACAGAGCCGGUGGAGCUUUGUCUGUUUGAGCAGUACCUGCAGGGUGGAAAUCCUUUUGAGAUGCAGAUAGACAAUAAGGAAGAGGAGACAGAGGAUGUCCUGGCUUCUAAUGGGUAUGAGUCAGAUGAGCUGGAGAAGAGCGUGUAUCAGGACUAUGACAGUGAUAGUGAUGUACCUGAGGAGCUGAAACAAGACUAUGUAGAUGAACAAACAGGAGACGGUCCAGUGAAGAGCGUGUCCAGGGAGACACUUCGCAGCCGGAAAAGGUCCGACUACAAUGCCCCCAUCCUUACCAACACCACCCUCAACGUGAUUCGUCUGGUUGGAAAAUAUAUGCAGAUGAUGAACAUUCUGAAGCCCAUCGCCUUUGAUGUCAUCCACUGUGUGUCUCAGCUCUUUGAUUAUUACCUGUAUGCCGUCUACACCUUCUUUGGCCGCAAUGACAUGUAUGAAUCAUCUGGGCUGGGUUUGAUCAGCAGCAGACUGAGGACUACGCUCAGCCGAAUACAGGAGAGCCUAAUAGACAUGGAGGCUGGAGGGGAGAACACAGGUCCUCAUGCAUCUCCUGAGGAAAGGAAGGAGAAGGUCCCCAGUCCUCAUCUGAGUCAGCUGGUGAUCCUGAUGUCUAGUGAUACGCUCUAUGGCUUGGCUGAGAGAGUUGUCGCCACUGAAUCACUAGUUUUUCUGGCAGAGCAGUUUGAGUUUCUUCAGCCUCAUCUCGACACCACGAUGCCUUCAGCCAAGAAGCCCUUCCUUCAGCAGUUCUACUCACAGACUGUAUCUACAGCCAGCGAGCUCCGCAAACCCAUUUACUGGAUCGUGGCGGCCAAAGCCAUAGAUUACGAACAGAUGCUGUUACUGAUGGCGGGAGUGAAAUGGGACAUUAAAGAGAUAAUGUCACAGCACAACGUCUAUGUGGAUGUCCUUUUAAAGGAGUUUGAGAAGUUUAACCAGAGACUGGGAGAUGUGUCGAAAAUAGUUCGGAUUCCUCUACCUGUGUCCAAUGUCUUAUGGGAGCACUGCAUCCGUCUGGCCAACAGGACAUUAGUGGAGGGCUAUGCAAAUGUGAAGAAAUGCAGUAAUGAAGGACGUGCGCUGAUGCAGCUGGACUUCCAGCAGUUCCUGAUGAAGCUGGAGAAGCUCACCGACCUCAGACCAAUUCCAGACAAGGAGUUCGUAGAGACCUACAUCAAAGCAUACUACCUUACUGAGAAUGACAUGGAGCAGUUCAUCAAGAACCACAGGGAGUACUCUAUGAAGCAGCUGACUAACCUGGUCAACGUCUGCCUCGGGUCCCACAUCAACAAGAAAGCGCGACAGAAACUCCUCGCAGCUAUCGAUGACAUUGACCGUCCGAAAAGAUAAAUAAAUGUCACUGAACUACCCCACCAAACUCCACAGAACGGUUAAAAAAAAAAAACACACAACUACACUGUUACUUGACUAGUAUCUAUUAUCGUGCGCAGCAUGCAUUUUCUUUUCCUUUUUCUUUUCUUUUUUACCAUGUAAACGUUUGUGGUUUCUGUUUACAUUUUAUGAAUGUAAGCAGGACGUGCUCUGACUACAUACCAAGCGGUCAUUUGAAGAGCUGUAAGGGAUAAUGGAUAAUGAAGGUGUUAUCAGUAUCACUUAAAUAGCAACACGAAUGAAUGACUCAUGCACUAUCAAACAGUAAUUUAAACAUAGCUGUGGCUAAGCAACUAUAUUCUUCUGAGAUAUUUCCCUUUUUGAAGAAUUUGUGCUGGUUCUGUUGCAUAGAGCUUUUUAAAAGGAUACCAAGAUAUCCUCUAACACACUGAGGCUCCGUCUCUGAUAUUGUACACAAAAAGCAUGUGCAUUCCUUGUCUGGUUUUAACAGGUCAAUGUCAUUUCGCUAGGUGUGCGUUGCUGGUAUCGCCCCUGUUACCUCAACUUAUUUCGUUUGUAUUGGUUUUAUUAUUUAUGACCAGAUCCCAGAGACGUAUUGUCAUUUUUCAUGAAACACAUUUGUGCAGGAAUGUGAUUACUUAUAUAUUAAUAGUAAUAAUAGAGGGAAAAAAAAAACUGAAACUUACCUGUUAGUAAGUGAUAAAACUAUUUCUUUCAGAUGCUUUACGUCUGAAAUGCAGAGAUACUGUAUUUCGUCUGCUGAAAUGUGUUGCUUUGUUUGUUGUUACUAUAUUGUGUAAUAAUAUUCAGCUGUACCAAAUUGAA